AUGUGCGCCAAAACCUGUUCUGAAGCGCCAGAGAAAAGCAGAUAUCUGGAUGAAAUACCAAAUUCCGAAAACACCACCGAAGCCAUUCAAAAAGAGCACAUAUCUGAGCUACAUAAAGAAACACAAAAGUCUGCCAACAGUCAAGACAAAAACAAAGUCAAAACUUUAAUGGCAUCAACUUUUCAACUGAGAAGAAAAGAGAUACUUACUACAUUGACCCCUGUCAGCAAAAUUAUAGAAACAUACCCACCUCUUGCCACAAUAAGCGGGGUAAGUUAUUCAAUUUGGCCUCAAUGUUGCAUUAUGGUGCAAACAGUUUUCAGAGCCGAAACUAGAGCGUUAAUUGGGAGGGGGUUGUAUAUUCAUAUAGCUGUGUUCUUCCUGACGAAUUUGUUUUGAAAUCGGUUGUUUUUAAGUUCAUUUCAAAAGAAAUUAGUCGGGCAGAACACAAAUAUAUGAAUAUACCAACGCCCCACCCCCCCCAAUUAGCGCUCUAGUUACGCCCUCUGAAAGUUUUGUAUUUUUAUUGUAACAUAUCCACAUUCUUUGUCGAGUGAUCAAGCAAAUUUUUAGGUUAAGAUUGCAUAAUUGAUUAUAUUGGUAAAAAUAUGAAUGCGCUCUGGCGAGUAUGUGGAAAAAUUAAUGGUGCACUACUACGUAUAUUUUUUUUGGGAAUAUGUUAGCAUAAUGUUAGAUAUAACAGAUUGUGUGCUGCAGAAAAUCACUAACAUAUUGAAAAAUUAAUUUCACUUUUGCUAUGCACAUGUAGAUACGUCAUGAAUUUAGCAGAAUUUUUGAGGACAAUGCUGCAACUAAAGAAAUGAAGGAUAAAUUGUUCUCUCUCCAAAGUGCGAUUGUGAAAUACUGCGAAAACGUUCAACGGAAGAACCCAUUCAUUAAAAAUGCAUUACAUGAUCUUCAACGGGCAAUUUCCCAGGAGCCAGAAAAGACUCAAGGUAUGUUUAUAUACGCUAUAUUGAUUAGCAAAUUGCUCAAGUAAAUUGUAACCGAGUCGAGAAAUUACAUUUAUAAAUUACAGAAUAAUCGGAAUGGAAUAAACUUCCCUGCAGGUGAUUUUGAUUCAUCGUGCAUGGCAUAG